UCAAUGACCGGAUACAUCGUUUAAACAAUGCCAUAGGACAACGAGGAAAUAAUGUUUGACACAAUUCGUAGUAUAACAACAUAGAUCGUUACAAGCAUGUAAGAGUGCCGACAGAUCUAACAACCACAAAGCAUCUUCGAAACAACGAUGCUGUAGUCAGUUUCGAUGAUCAUUAUGUAUAUCAAUCUGUUUUUAAUGUUUGCUUAUGUUGAUAGAGUCAUAACACUGAAGAUAGGAGAUCCACAUGUUUGUCCAAAGCCGGUAAAGAUAAGUAAUCCGUCUGAAACCCAAAAGGAACUAGACAUAGAGUGUUGUCCGGACUAUAUUUACCAGAAUAGAAAAUGUGAAGCUUGUCCGCGAGGAAAAUUUGGUCAGGAUUGCUCACUGUCAUGUUUGAGGAAUUACUACGGAGUGCAGUGCAAACAGAUGUGCAGCUGUACAGGUAACACGAAAUGUGAUCCAAUUAAUGGCUGUGUCUGUUAUGAAGGAUAUACGGGAAAACACUGCAUAGAUGUUUGUCAACCUGGAAGAUACGGUGUGAACUGCAAUGAGGAAUGUUUCUGUGCACAAGACGCUAAGUGUGAUCAGGUAACCGGCGUUUGCUUGUGUCCCGCAGGGUGGUUUGGAGUUCACUGUACAAAGGAAUGCCCAUUUGGAAAAUUUGGAAAGGAUUGCAAUGGAACUUGUGACUGUUUAGAUGGCGUAUCAUGCGACAUCAUAACCGGAGAGUGCAUCGAGAAAGAAGAUCCGAAUUUAGAUGGAGACAUUAAUGAAUCAAAAGGUACAGUUAUGAUUUACAUAAUGAUGGCUGCUGCUGUUAUUGGUUUGGUCUGUGUUGUAACGAUGAUCUUGAAAGCUAAAGAAGCACUAUGUCGUAAUGUACAGAAACCAAAAAAGAAUACUACAAAACCAAAGAUAAAACGCCGGAAGGCCCAACAAAGAUCAUCAACCUACAGAGAUAACGCUCAGACUGGUUCGUUUAUAAUAGAAACAGAAGUAUCAGUGUUGCAACUUCCAUUUGAAGAUGAAGACUUAUAUUGUGAAAUAGAAGAUAUCAAUGUUACAGAACCCGGUCGGUAUUAAUGUCAACAUGAUUGUACAAACUUUAGUCGAAAUUCAUAAAAUAUCGAUGACAACAGAUCAAUCAUGGAAACUUAAGAUAUAUGGACAAAUAGAAUCGGACAAGGCCAAACCUUUUUAAAAGGAUGAUAUUUCCGUAGUAGGUGCGCCUUAUAGUUAUAUCCUGUUCCGGGUGUUCUUAUUUAAUCUUCAUGAAAUUGAAAUCUUCAAAUCUAAAAAGCUUGUCUUUCAUUAUGGCUUAUGUGUUUUGUCUGUAUGCUAUUUUGUUUUUCUUUGUUGACAUAUUUCUUUGAUUUUAUAGUGAUUAAGAUUAUAACACAAUGUUGACUGCUGUUCCCCUGUUUUUGACAUUUUUACCUAUAAUAUAUGUUUGUUUUGUACACACAUUGUUUUCAAUAUUAUGGAAUUUUAUGCGACUGUCAUACAAGUGAGAGGUUUAGCCAGAUAUAAAACCAAGUUUAAUCCACCAUUUUCUACUGAAGGAAAUGCCUGUACCAAGUCAGGAAUAUGACAGCUAUUUUCCAUUCGUUUGAUGUGUUUUUGCUUUUGAUUUUGCCAUUUGAUAAGGGACUUUCCUAAGUGAAUUUUCGAUGGAGUUCGGUAGUUUUGUUAUUUUACUUUUUGCAUUACAGUAGGAAUUAUUGACGAUAGCAAAUACUUGUUUCACUGAUUCCGUUCAUGUUGCCGAUGUUAAAACUCAUAAAUCCAUAGUGUGUAAGAGUCUUAUAAUAAGUAAAUUGGUAUGUUUCAAAAUGCGGCAGGUAUCUUCCGUGGGUCACUGGACAUGAAUGUAACAAAUAUAGGUCGACGAUCAGCCUACAAUAAAAAGCAUACCCAAAACUGUUUAGGAAAUAAUAAAAGAAACAAAAGUACCUACAAGAUGGAACAUUUCCUUUGUAUUUAAAGUGAUAUAGAUUUUUGAACGCUCUGGACUAUCAACUAUUAUAUUUGUUUCUGUCAUUGUACCUCUCGGGUUAUGAACUGACAUUCAAUCCUAAUAACUGUUCCGUGCAUAUUCAGUAAAUUUUGUGUCAUAAUAUAACUCCAACAGGGAACUCAUUAAUCUCAAGUACUUUGAAUAAAUAGCAUAAAUCCAUUAGAAAGAAAAUCUUCUUAUUUUAGAGCAGCUAAAUUGUCUAUCGGAGCUGCAAUUUAAAACUAGAAAUUCUUCAAAUCUUAUUAUGUAAUUAUUGUACUUUUGUAUCCAUCAUACACCAUCUUCGAUAUACCGAUAUAUGUUUUCCGAGAAAUAUUUCUACUUUUCGUGAAUGCACAAGAUUGUUUAAAUAUUAUACUCAACUGAAUAAGAACUAUUGUAUAUAACACUGAUUAAUUGAUUUUAUAAAAUGUUACUGAGAAAGUCCUAAUAAAACUAAUAAACUUUUAUUUAUCAUAA